AUGUCGAAGAUAACUUUAGGGAACGAAGCAAUUGUUGGGUCUUUGACUCCAUCAAACAAGAAAUCGUACAAACUGACCAACAGGAUUCAAGAAGGCAAGAAACCUUUGUAUUCUGUUGUUUUUAACUCCAUCGAUAGUCGAUUCUUCACUUGUUUCGCCUCCGCUGGUGGAAAUGUGAUUAACCUGUAUAACUGUCUUGAAGAUGGUGGAAUAUCUUUAUUGCACUCCUACCCUGACGAAGAUAAGGAGGAGUCAUUUUACACUGUAAGCUGGGCGUAUAACGUUAAAGGGAACCCAUAUGUUGUCGCUGGAGGAGAGAAAGGCAUAAUCCGAGUCAUUAACGUCACUGUUAAAGUGGUUCAUAAGACCCUUGUGGGCCAUGGGAAUUCAGUGAAUGAAAUCAGGACACAUCCUACGAAACCUCAACUUGUGCUUUCUGCUAGCAAAGAUGAAUCUGUUCGAUUGUGGAAUGUUGAAACUGGGAUUUGUGUACUGAUAUUUGCUGGAACUGGAGGUCAUAGAAACGAAGUUAUAAGUGUGGACUUUCAUCCCCAUGAUCAGCACCGUUUUAUUAGUGGUGGUAUGGACACCACCGUUAAGAUAUGGUCAAUGAAAGAUUUUUGGAAAUAUGUGGACAAGUCAUUCACAUGGAAAGAUGAUCCAUCAAAGUUCCGAACAAUAUUUGUAGAGUUCCCUGUGUAUACAACUUCGGUUCAUACAAGUUUUGUUGAUUGUAACCGUUGGUUUGGUGAUUUUAUUCUUUCAAAGAGUGUGGAGAAUGAGAUUCUGUUGUGGGAACCAGAAAUUAAAGAGAAUUCUCGUGAAGAGGGUACUUCAGAUGUUCUACUUAGAUACCCUAUUCCCAAUUGUACUCACUGGUUCAUCAAGUUUUCUUGCGACCUCUCUCUCAAUUAUCUUUCAAUAGGGAAUCAGAAAGGCAAGAUUUAUGUCUGGGAUCUACAGAGUUGCCCUCCUGUUUUGGUUACAGUGCUAUCACACGAUCAAUCAAAGUCUGUGAUCAGGCAAACCGCUAUGUCCACUGAUGGAAACACAAUUCUUGCUGCCUCCGAGGACGGGACUAUAUGGCGUUGGGACGUGAUUGCCGAGGAGAAAGCUGAUAUGGUGGUAGAGGUCCAGGGACCACCUAUCUUGCCUCAGAACAGCAGGAGAAAGAGAAAGGCCCAACAACAGUUAAUAGAGUGAAGAGGUUCUAAAAGAAGAUGUGAUGACAUAAAUUAAUAUGGAAUAUAGAUAACGUGAUGACAUAAAUUAAUAUGGAAUAAGAAUAACGUGAUGUGUUGGGUGAGCUGGUACUGUGAGUAUUUAAUCUAUAAGAAAGAGUCUAGGGGAGAGAUAUCAAUGAUUUGAUCAAGUGGUUGUAAUGAGAGAAGAGUCCCUCUUGUCGAAGGCUCUCUUUUGUAAUCCUUGUUUUGAAUCAGUAUAAACAUUAUCUUAAGAUAUACACUGUUACAAAAUCG